AUGCAAGGACGCGAGAUCACGAGGGUCGCAAACGCUAAGCGCUGGUUUACAUACAGCCCGCGCAACGCCAUCUUGGACUUUUGCCUUGGUCAUUCGAGCUCUUGUUCAUGGGGUGAGCCCGACGCCAGUUUGCUGAAGUUCGUGCGCGAGUUGUCGGAACUCAAAAUCGGCGAGAUCUCGACGCGGUGGGACGACAGCUGCCAGUCGGAAAACCGCCUGCCCAUCGAUCUCCAGCACGCCAAGAUCCGCGUGGGCGACGUCUUCGACUACUACACCACGAGCGAGGGCGUGUUGGAGAUCCCCAAGUGGAAAAGUUCCCACUUUGCCGGGAUGGAAUAUCCGGAAAACGACCCACGUAUUAAAUUCCACCCGGACAGAGUUCGUGAAUUCGUCGAGCAACACGGAGUUGACCACUUGGAGGAGAUGCACCAAACAAAAUAG